AUGCCUCAUUUAAAUGAAGUAAUAAAAAGAAAGGAAUUAUUUAAAAAGCUUAAUAACAUUAGUUGUUUAUUUAAAUUAGAUAUUUUAAAAUUUCAUGAUAAACGUAUAUCACCAACUUUUAGUGAUUUUCAUUUUUUGGAAAAAAAGUAUAUUAGUAGCUUAGAUAACAGAAGAUAUAGAAAUGAAAUAUCUCAGAGUUGUAAAAAUGUAAAAUAUUAUUAUAUAAAAAAGAGGAAAUUAACGAAGUUCAACAAAAGGAAGAAAAAAAAAACAUUUAGAAUAAAUUCUGGAAAAUAUUUAUUUUCAGAUAAAGUCAAUAUAAAUAAAUUAAAUGAAGAAUUAAAAAAUAUAGAAAAAAUAAUUAAAGAAAAAAAUAUAAUUACAAAUAAAAAAAAAGAGCUUUCUUUAGCAGAUUUCAAGUAUCCAAGUCAAAAAUUCUAUAAAGCAAAUAAGGAAGAAAUAAAUUUAUUAAAAAAAAGUGAAACACAAUACUAUUUACCAAUAGAAUGCGAAAAUAGUACUAUAAUUAGGUUAAUUAAUAUAAAAAAUAAAAUAUCCUCACCAAUUUUUAGAUGCGUUCGUAACAGUAAAUUUGGUUUAAGAAAGAAAGAAAGAAAAUUCUUUUUCUUUUAUUCUUCUUUUAUAUGUUCCUUUUUUUUUUUAAUGGGAAUAUGGCAAUAUAAUAAGAUGGAAAAAAAAAAGUUUUUAAUUAAUUAUAUUUUACACAACUUGAAUAAAUCAAUUAUAAUAAUUAAUGACUCUCAUUUUCCAUGGUCUGAUGAUUUUUUAAUUUUGAAAAAAAAUUAUGAAAAUUUAAGUAAAAAUUUAUUACAUUACGAAAGUAGCAGUGGAUUAAUUAGCAGUACUAAUUUAUCUAAAAUAAAAUUUUUAAUACUUUCGUUUUAUGAAAAUGUUAAAAGUUUAUCUGAAAAAGUAUUUAUGCAAAAAUUGUUUUUAUAUAGUAACCUUAAAAAUAAUCAGGUAAAAAAUGAAAAAACGAUUAGUGAAAUAUAUGAUUCAAAAAAAAAUGAAAUAAAAGGACAAGAAGAAAAUAAAGAAAUAAAUGAAAAGAAAUUAUAUGUUGAUAUAGAAAAUAUUCAUAAUAUAUACGAAUGGAUAAUAAGAAUAAGAAAUGAAAACUUAUUAAUGAAAUUAUAUAGAAAAGUUGUUAAAAAAUGCAUAACAGAAGAUGAGUUAAAAAAACUUGUAAUUGAAAAAUAUAAAUAUAGAAAAGUUCAGCUAACAGGAGUAUUAGAUACAACCAAUGAAUUUUAUGUAGGUCCCAAAUUAUAUGAAAAUAAAAAAGAUAAAAUGUAUUAUUAUGUAAUAUGUCCAUUAUUUUUAAAAAAUGGGAAAUGUAUAUUAGUAAAUAGAGGAUUAAUAUCUGAAGAUAUUUUAGAAGAAAAAAAAAAUGAAAUACCUAAAAUUGUCACAAUUAGAGCUAUAUUAGAUCCGGGUGAAUUAUAUGAAUGUUCCUUUAAAAAAUUAAAAAAUUUUUCAAACAAAAAUAAGUAUAGUAAUUACUUUUUUUAUUAUGAUACUCAAGAAAUUUGUCAUUAUGCUAAUAUUUCUGAUUUUGAAGGAUCUUCGUAUUUUAUUGCAAAUAUAUAUGAUAUUAUAGUUCAUGAAGAUUAUAGUAGUGAUAUAAAAAGUGAUUAUUAUUCUAAUUUUAAUAACAGUGAUACAAAGGAACUAGACUCACAUUUAAAAAAUUUAAACGAUAUAAACAUAAAUGAUAUGGAUAGGGAAAGUCAAGAAAGGAUUAAUCGUUUGUUAAAAUAUAAUGAUAACAUUCAAAAUUUUAAAAAUUCUCAAUUUCAAAACAUCAAGCCUUUUAGAUAUGAUGAGCAUUUUAUACAUAAAAAAAAAAAAGAUUAUUUCAACUUUUACGCUGAUGAAAAUACACAUUUUAGUUAUGCAUGUCAGUGGUUUCUUUUUUCUUUUAUUUUUUCUACCAUUUCUAUUUUUAAAUUUGUACAAUUCAAAAGAUGGGUCUUUUGA